GGUCACAGACAUAUGUUACCGUACGAUGCUUUUUUGUAUGUAAUUUUUGUAAAUGUAAUUAAAACGUGUAAAUGUAAAAUAAAAUCAUUAAAAAACCCUAAAAUGAAUUUAAUUAAAGCUCAAAUACUGAACGGAUCAUUUAACUGACGUGGUCCAUAUCAGUGGUUUAGAUGCAGUGGAGGACAAUCAGCGUCGUACUUCAGCAGUAUUUGAGUAAAUGUACUCAGUUACAUUUCACCCGUGCAGAUUAUAUUGCAUAUAAUGAUUUUGCAGUGAUGGGAGAAUUAUUCAGAUUAUUUAAUUAAUUGGUGCUAAUUUCAGACACAGUUACUGUAUUUAAUCAUCAAUCAUUUAUUCAUCACAGUCAGAACAUUUUCUGUCACUGAUCGUUGAUGUAGAACAGAGAGAUUCAUUUGAGGACGCCACCUUCAGCUCUGCGAAGAAAGAAUCAAAAACCCUCGACAGAAGAAUCGAUAUUGGGAUCGAUCAUUGAUCACUGAUUGCAGCCGUGCGUCGCUGUUUCCCUCUUGUCCAUGUUGAGCCCGUCAGUCAUGAAUGUGAGCCGCAUUAGGACCCAGAGCAGAGCAGCUGUCAGUCCGUGCAGUAAAUAUAGCAGCAGUGUGUGUUGUUCGGAGCAGUUGGGGGUCAUGAGGAGACCUGAACAGACCGGAUUAGUCUGAACCCUCUGGAACGAACCGGACCGGGACCAGUCUCCUCUAAAAAGCCAGAGAGACUGAGUUCACCUGAAGAGAUCAGCUGACGGCUGCACGUGAGUCAGUGUGUCCUUGGUGUUGACAGCGCGGGUGAGGCGUUCACUGACCGCCACUUCUGUGGGUUCCCUGUAGAUUUGUUCUUUGAGAGACAGGGAUGGAUGUGACUGAUACUGAUACUGAUGUACUGCAUGUGUGAAGCUGAGGUGAGCCAGUGAUAUCAGCCACGUUGAUGUAGCAGCAGCAGAUGCUUUCAGAUAAUCCACUGACUGCAUUCAAUGGCCCACAAAUCAAAUACAGAUAUACAAUGUGAAUGUGCAGCUCCUCAGAUCUUUACAGCGACUUUCAGCUCUUUGUUCGGCUCCUCUGGUUGACUCUCACGGCUCUCAGCGUCGUCCACCUGCUCAGCAGCAAACAGCAGAGACGCAGUCAGAUGAGUAGCACAGGGUGAACACAGGGGAGCAGCUCAAGAGCCAGAGAUUUAACUCAGGAGGUGGAGGAGACCAAACACAGAGCUAAAGGGAAAUCCAACAUUAGGCCCAGUGAGCACUGGCUCGGGUACGGAAGUCUCUGAGGGUCAGUUUCGCUCCAAAACUCUGAUAAAAAGACCGUCCUCAACACUGACAUAACCACCGUGGUUGUUACUACUAUCAUGAUAAAUAAUGACAGUCCUCACUCAGAGGACAAAGCAGAGACAGGGUGGACCAGGGAUGAGGUCAGAGGUCACAUCUCGUCUCCUGUGAACACUCGGUUUCUUUUAGCCCCCACCAUCUUUCUUUAACUGUAACCCUGACCGUCAGAAAUGUCAUGUUUCUCUUUCUGACCAGGCAUCAGUCACCUGAGAGGCUCAGUGCGUGAGGAAGGAAGCCUGUGAGGGUCAGUUCGUCCACACUGUGACCAGGAUGCUGCAGCUGUGUAAGGUCACCAAAGCCCUGUUCAUCAGUAACGCCCGCUCAGCCUGCAGCGACGAGCUCAUCCAGCAGGAGGCGGUGACGCUCUGCAUCAACGUGUCCAAGCAGCAGCCGUUCCCCUCCGCCGGCGUCACCAAGCUGCAGAUCCCGGUCUACGACGACCCCAACGAGGACCUGUACAGCCACUUCGACCGCUGCGCCGACGCCAUCCAGAAGGAGGCGAACCGCGGAGGCCGCAGCGUCGUCUACUGCAAGAACGGACGCAGCCGCUCGGCCACCAUCUGCAUCGCCUACCUGAUGAAGCACCGCAGACUGACGCUGACGGACGCCCUACAGAAAGUGAAGACGGCUCGUCACGUGAUCGACCCGAACCCCGGCUUCAUGUCUCAGCUGCAGAGAUACGAACAGGAGCUGAAGAAAAGACGAGGAGAGACAGAGUCCUGAUCCUCAACCAGGAGCCCCGAUACAGUCCUAAAGGUCUCCAUGUGAAAACACAACGGGCAGGUGAACUGCUUCCUGUCCACUGCUCCAGACUGAGCCGAGUCUCUCAGUUUGUUCUCACCUAAACCCCUAAAACUUAAACAACACGAUUAAUAUUAAAGUCAGGGUUUAAACGUCUCAGUUAACCUGUAGUUUCAGAAUUAACUUCAUAUGUUGACGUGAACAAAAAAUAUAUCCUGGGAACAUUAAUUGACUGAAUUGUCAACAGAAAAUUAAUUGACAGCUGCUUUGAUUAUCGAUUGAUGGUUCGAAUGAUCAUUAUCACUGGUUCCAGCUUCUGAAAAGUGAGAAUUUGAUGCUUUCUUUGGCUCAUAAAUAACAAAUGAAAUAGAAUAUCUUUAGGUUUGGACGGUUGGUUGAAAAAAAAAAGCUACUGUGUUGAGCUGUAGAUUAGAAUAUUUUUCGCUAUUUUCUGACAUUUAUUGAACAGAACAUGUGAUGGUAAAAUAUUUAGACUUUGUACAGUCAAAUGUAGACCAGCAGAUAGAAAGUAGGUUAAACAGCAAACAGUAGUUUAGAUGACCUGACAGGAAACAGUCAAAUAUCUAGAGUUACAGCUUUUUCUGCAGACCUCAGUGUGUCAGAGGUCAGAGAUAUAAAUAUUAAAGUCAUUAUAAUCUCCACAGACAUUAUAUUUAUUGCACACUGUGUCUACGCCUUCAGAGAAGCAGCUGAUUAGAUUUUCUCCAUAUUUGAGAAGGAAAAGUUGUGAAAACAGGACGUGAGGAACAGAGUCUGUCUGACCUGAAACUCCUCUGUCUAAAGCACAGACCUGAAUUCAUGUUGGUCUUCUUGGACUACGAACCCUCUCUGUGUCUCUGUAGCAGGACUGUGGCUGCACUUCCACCUUCUACCUCUAGAUGCAAGCAUUUCCAUAGAAAACGAUGCAGCACAUUAAACACAUCAGGAGUCAGGGCUCCUCUGCAGGCAGGGUGGGUUUGUAAAGAUCACUUCAUCACUUCAUCAGAUCUGAACCAUAAAGAAACUCAGGGUGUAAGAUCAGUUUCCAGCAUCAACACGUUUAAAGUUCUGACGUGUUAAGAUUUAACUCCAACAAAUAAAAGCACAUGAAGGCAGUUUGACUGAUCACAGGUCAGUUUCACCAGGACUCCUUCGCUGUUAACGGAAGUCAGAGGGAUGAUGUUAGAGUGUUCAGUCUCCUCACACAGGUGUUUCCAGCCGUCAGCUCCUCUCUCCUUCACCUGUUCACUCUCCAGAAGCCUCAGGAGAGCUCACACACUCCAACACGUUUUAACGGAGCUGUUUCUCCCUCACUUCUCAAAAUCCAGAUCAGUGCUCAGGACACCGUCUGAAAAAGAAUCUACAUAAACGAAGGUUAAAGUGAGAAUCAGAGAUCAGAGAAACAGAAAGUCUCACACUGAGUCAGAGACAGAUCAGGUUGCAUCAAAGACGUUGGUUAGACUGAUAUAAACACCAUCAAUAUCAUGACCAUACUUUAUAUAUCAUUACUCUUUCUUACCUGAGCAGAACACCUGGAAACACCUGAGGGGGGAAACAGAGGCUUCGUCAGUGAUGUGUUUAAGCUGGUCUGCAGCAUCCUUUAGGAGGUAACAGGUACUGAGUUAUCUAUCUUUAUUUCUUUUUUAAUUGUUUGUACAGUGUCUAGUUUUAGAGGUAAAAUUUUAUUCAUCUCUUUCUGAUUAAUGCUCCUAACAAGCCAUCAAAUGUCUUAAACUGUUCUGGACUAAUGCUCAGGAUAAAAGUCAUAAUGAGAUUAAGAGACACAUUAUCCUGAAGUGCAAAUAGAAAACUGUGAAAUAAACGGACAUUUUAGUGUUUAAUGAGCAGCAUAAUGUAUUCAACAGCUGAAUCUUUUAGAUGUAGAUUUUACAGAAUCAUUGGUUCAUGGUUUUAAAUGUGAGUGUGUUGUAUCACUGCUGUUUAAUGAUUCUGUGGUUUCUGUUUAAACUGAAUGACCAUGAUUUCAUUUCAUGUCUGGAACAGAUGAGAUAUUUUUCUCUCCAGAGACCUGAUGUAAACAAAGGAACACACUGUACUUGAGGAGUCUGUGUGUGUGUGUGUGUGUGUGUGUGUUUGUGAGUGUGUAAAUCUCAGGUGUGUCUUCCUCUUUUUGUGGUGCUGCCAUUUAGAGAAUCAAAAGGAAUCAUUUUAAAUGCACAGGUGACAUUAGAACAUCAGACCUCAGUAGCUGUGUUUAAAUGAGUCUGUGGUGAUAAAAAAAAUACGUUUGCUGUUGUUUUAUCGCCGUUAAAAAAAAAGAUAAAACAAAGGCCUUCAGCACAUAUGAACACAUCAGGCCUGAACAUGCUCCCUGUCCCUUUAAGACUCUGCUAAUGUACAAAUGUCUGUGAGUUUUAAUGCUUGAACAAUGAAAUAAAGACGUGUUCAUCACUGAGGAAUCA